GGUUUCCGUAAAAAAACUGCCAACGUACGACUACUUUUUAGUAGGUUUUAUUUCAAAUAAUGUCGUUUUCAGAUUUAUACGCUAAAUAUAAUUGUAAUUACUGUCAAGAGGAAAUAAACGGAAUUCGUGUGAGAUGUGCUGAGUGUAUAGAUUUUGAUAUUUGUUUGCAGUGUUUUUCUCUUGGUGCUGAAAUAGGCUCACAUAAAAAUGACCAUUCCUAUCAGUUUAUGGACUCGGGAGCAUUUGGCAUUUUCCUUGGCCGAAGUAGUUGGUCGGCGAAUGAAGAAGUUAGAUUAUUAGACGCAAUAGAACAAUUUGGAUUUGGCAAUUGGGAGGAUAUAGCUAAGCAUAUAGAGACUCGAUCACCCGAAGAGGCAAAGGAUGAGUAUAUUACAAGGUACCUUGAAGGCAGCAUUGGUCGAGCAACAUGGGGAAAUGUAGAGAGCACCUCUCGUCCAUCUCUCCACUGUGCGGACAGGGAUGAAGGGCCCCUGGGUCCUAGUGCGGUCUCUCGACUACCAUCACUUGCCGUUAGCUCUGAUGAGUCAGCUCAAUUGGGAUACAUGCCCAAUAGGGAUGAUUUUGAAAGGGAGCAUGAUCAUGAAGCUGAACAGUUGAUAUCUACACUAUCUCUUAAUCCAGAAGAUGAUGAAUUAGAUGUUGGUAAGUUUAAAAAUAUGUUUUCUCUGCACACAUAUCAAGAUUUUUCACUACAUAAUCAACAUUUUUUAUUCUGCAAUCAACUUCUCAAACUUGUAUUUAUGAAACACUGUUGUGGGAUAUUGAGACAACUGUGUCGUGUAGUUUUGGGUUUGAUCCCGUAUAACGAUUGUAUUCGCCAGGGCAGCAGUGGGUGCCUGGACACCAACCAGACAAAAGAGGCAAUGCAGACCAGCUCGCAGCAGCUAAGAAAAAGAGACGGAGAAAGCGCCUCAAGUUCCACCAGCCCAAGGUGCAUACGGGACGGAAGUACCGGAUGUGGAUGCUGCAGAAGGAGCUCAUGCAGCAGCGCCAGCGGAUGCUCGAAGCAUCUGCUCAACACUAACGAGAUACAGUUAUGCACGUCACUCAGUCUUGCGCCGGCGCAGUUCGUGACAAUGAAAGGUGUGCUACUGCGCCGGGCGCCCGCACCGGACUGCGACCUCGACCUCGCGCUGGCGCAUUACCUACGCCACGCCGGUUGGAUCCCCAACUAGCACCGCACCAGCCGCUUUUCCUCUGCAUGGGUGCUCAUACGUUGUAUUAAUUUCCGUGGUUUUGUCUCCACACUUGAUCAGGACGUUAAGGCAAGUUGAUCAGUGUUAAAUAAUUUAGUGAACUGUUAUUUAAUAGGACUAAGACAUAGUAGAGCGUACAGCGUAUCGUCAGCUAUAGCAUAGUGUAAUAAGAGAAGUGUAGCUUCAUACAAACGUAACAAGUGCGGCUUGUAUCUGCACGCCUGCCGCGCGCCUUGUACUGGCAU